AUGGAGGAUCUCGCCACGGAUUGGCCCAUGACCCGGACCGACAGCGACGAAGAUGUGGCGAACCUGAAGGACGGCGACUGUCAGAUACCUCUGGCGGGAAAGCGCGACAUGGCCAACAAGCGUCUGGUACAGGCACAUGCUUCUGACGUCCACCAUGAGGACGAGCUUCAAACAACCAGCGCGAAAUACUGGCGGAAUGUACAUCCAUUCAUGCCAUUUGUCCCUGCAGAGAUGCUGGAGGAGGCGGACCUGGGGAGGGAUCCGGAUCUGGAGCAUUGCGUUGACCUAGCCUCUCGUUUGUCCUUCAACUUCAUCAACGAGGACGUUGAAGGCCCCCUGCUCACAGACCAGCUGCUCUCCAUGCUGCGCCACGGCUCCCUGUCCAACUCGGCUAUUGCCGGUCUCCUCCUCCUGAUCCCAUCCAUCCCCUUGGAAGAAGGACUGGUCCAGCAGAUCUUCCUCAUGGUUGAAUCUGCAAGUGCCGCGGGCUCGGUGCCACCGCCGAUACUGUCCGGGGCACUCAUUACGCAUAUAUGGCGCCAACUUGCUGGCUACUCCCAUCCUCCGCUCCGUCUGCAGUCAGACAUUCUCCAAAGCUACGCUGAAUCGCUGAGCCCGACAACUCCCGCCCAUCAUUUCAUACGCCUCUCCCAGCUGGCCGUAGAGCUUGGCCAGCGCCGCAUGGCGAUGAGCCUCGAGGGGAUUCUGCCGGACACAUCACUCGCAUGGGCGAAACUCGAAUAUGACUUUCUUCUGUGGCAGGUUCGUCUGCCGACGACCCUCUUGGAUGGUCGCGAUGAUCUCCCGGCAACUCCGCAGUCCGUCUUGAUGCACUGCCUAUCAAGCAUGCUCCUGCUGUCGUUUUAUAGCGACGUUCUCGAACACGCAGAUACCCUGGGUGUCCAAAUGGCACUGCGGCCGGUCCCAGGGGUCCUGCUCUUUUUGUGCGCUCUCGCCCGCAGCACAUUCAUCUGCCCUCGCAACUUGCUCGACCGUUGGGCACUGCUUCUCCACAUGCAGGCUGCGACUGUCCGCAUAAUGCUGCGUCUUUGGAGACAGACCGGAUUCGAGAAUUGCCGAGCUCUGUGCAAUCUUUGGGAGGACAGCCACAACCUAUUCCCGGAUCUCAAACAGCAAGUGCGCGAAGAGAUUGGGACCGGUCCGUGGACGAUUGAGGAGAUUGAUGGCUACUCAGUUUUCUGGACGUUUCGCGACCUGCGCACCCUGGCCGCGAAAUUCAUCAUCGACAGUCGGAACAUGACGCCUUGA